AUGAAAGACGUACACGGUAGCUCAAUUGAUGACAAGACGUUUAAUUCUGCUCAUGAUCACCUUGCUCUGAUUAGACUACCGGCUAUUAUUCGUCGAGUCAGAAGUAAAUACAAGGUCGAGACUGAUGUAGAAGUAAAUAAGGCUGGUGUUUCCGAAGAUCCAGACUUGAGUCCUCCGUCCUCGCUUGCCGAGGAAAGUGAUAGUAGUGAGGCAAAGUAA